AUGGCUACUUCACAAUCAGUUCUUCUUCUUCAAAAGCAACUCAACGAACUAUUAAAGCACCCUGUUGAAGGCUUUUCCGCGGGUCUUGUUGACAAUGAUAAUAUUUAUGAGUGGGAGAUCAUAAUCAUUGGUCCACCUGAUACUUUAUAUGAAGGUGGUUUCUUUAAAGCAAAGAUGACUUUUCCAAAGGCAUGUUGUUUUAUGGAUAACGAAUAUCCCAUGAUGCCUCCAAAACUGAAAUUUGUUUCUGACAUGUGGCAUCCAAAUGUAUAUCCUGAUGGUGAAGUUCCUAAUGAUGAGUCGCCUGCAAACAUUGAAGCUGCUAAAGAAUGGAGAGAAAAUUAUCCCGCGUUUAAAAAACGCGUUCAACGCAUAGUUCGAAAUUCCAUAGGCUAA